AUGUCCAACAACACCAUUUCCUUCACAGCCCAUGACCAGCGAUUCGUGGCAAUUGUUGGUCCAUCUCCGACAGCAGAGCUUCUAGCAGAAAAUAAGGACUACCCGUUUGCUCACGAGGCCGGGGUCUUUUUACCUGACAUCAAUAACCUCUUCGUUACCAGCAACCGGUGUAUUGACCCGAACGGACAGCAAAAAGUACACAUUACUCGCGUCGAUCUGAGUAAAAGGCCAAUCACCUGUGAGGAGAUUGCCACCGAUAUUCCUAUGGGCAAUGGAGGCAUCAAUUAUGAUAGAGACUACGUUCUCUUCUGUGCACAAGGGACUAUGACCGAGCCAAGCGGACUGUACCGAAUGUCUACAAUUGCUCCGUACAAGUCGGAACUAUUGAAAGGUGAUUUCCACGGCCGACCAUUCAACUCUAUCAAUGACGUGGUGGUACACACGGAUGGUUCAGUCUGGUUUACCGAUCCCAUAUAUGGCUCUGAGCAGGGCUACCGCCCUCCACCACGUCUGCCUAACCAGGUAUACCGGUGGUGUCCAAAUACUGGGGCUAUUCGCGUAGUGGCCGAUGGUUUCGGGAGACCAAAUGGUAUUUGCUUCUCUCCAGAUGAGCAGGUUGUUUAUAUCACCGAUACAGAUCGGGUACAUGGAGACGGCAGCAUCGAUGAUCAACGAGUAUCUUCUAUGUUAGUUAAAUGCGACCUCCUUGGUUAA